AUGAAGGAAAGGUUAAACGAAGGGGAGGAAAUCAUUAUGCACAGUGGGGAGGAGGUGCAUCCGAGUGUGAGCACAAAAGGACAACACAUUCACGAACCCACCAGCUUUGACAAAAAAGCUGUAAAUUUUAACCACAUGGCGCAUGCAAAUUAUCCCUUUUUAUUACACACAAGUGAUAAAGGAGGCAGCCUCGAGUGGAAUUCGCAGAAUGCUCCUUAUGUCAACUUAGCAAGUGCCUAUGACCCCACCAUGGGGCUCAGCAUAAGCCACCCCAGUGGCGACAAGCAAAGUCAAAUAAGGCAAAGUAACCAUGAGUCUUGCAUGAAGAGCCCCAUGAGUAACACCCCCAUAAAUACGUCCAACAUGGCAGUGACAAACGGAGCGGGUCUUAACCCGAAUAAUGGCAACUUCUGCACUGCCAUGUACAGUGGAGGAAUUCCCGAAAAAAAGGAGAGCCAAAAAGGUUAUAUCGGUGAAGACAAAAACCGGAGCAGUAAACAAAACCCCCUGACCCCCAUGAAAAAAAAUCCCACUAGUGUAAUUUCUUACCGGAACGGCAUGAACACUAAUAGAAUGAGAAAUGCCACAUCUGGGGGGUCAUUUACACCAAAUAAGAAUGUGCAGAAUGGUGAGGCAGACAAUUUAAUGAUCCACCAGAGUCGCAUAAACCAUGUUCAGCAGGAUGGUUUGGUUGGAGACAAAGAUGAGACGUCUACUCUCCUUCCUGUAAAUAAUAACAGUAGUGAUUGUUUAGCAUCUAUGCUUAGUAACGGCCCGGAGGGGUACAUUCAAAGUGUCCCAACAAACUACCAAAUGGGGUGGACGUGCAGUAACGAAUGGGGUGAAAUCCAAACACAGGGUGUCCCUCCAAGUGUAAACAACCCCAACAAACAGACUUACGGCAUUUCCCCUUUAAACAGCAGUACCACUUCCGUGCCGCAUAAUCCUUGUGCUUCUCAUAAUUUCCAGUUUGACAAAAGUAGCAGUGCCAACGGUGGUCACCUUCCCAGUGGUGUAAAUUUUAAUAACCACCCAACGAGCAGUUUAUGGUACCAUCCGGAUGGGCACCAUAUCGGUAGUAGGACUAACUCAAUCUACCUGAACGGGGACAUGAUGAAAAUCCCAACCAGUGAAGACUUGCAUGUUAUUCCCCCAAACGGUUCUACAACUAGCAGUGGUAGCUACCAUGUUAGUGGUGAGGGGACAAAUCAGAUAAAUAACCCGAACGGUAGAAAGGAACUGUUAGCAGAUCAAUGGAGGAAUGAAGAACGUCUCACCAAGCAGGCGAACAGGACAAGCUAUAGAAUUAGAAGGAAGGUGGACAGUUCACGUACCGGUGAAUCGUACGAAAUGCGUAGCAGUGAGUAUGAACCGACUGGGCAAUGCCAUCUACAGCAGGGGCAGCCCAAAUUUGCCAGUAGUGAGGGAUGCAUAUACCCAAGUGGAACCCCUCUAAUAAAUACAUGUGGUAGUUUCCCUGUUAGAAGUACCAUUCGGGAAGACGACAAUUUUAACACACAUAUGGGUAGCAGGCAGGAUGGCCAACCAAUGGGCCCUCCACAGGGGAAAAUCCAAUUCGAGGAACAAAUGGAUAACACGUAUAGCAUAGUGAAGAACCCAUUGACAGUGAACCGAAUGGUACGUGCAAAUAACUCCACUCCAGUAAUCUCAAACAAUUUGAUCAACAGUUCAUGUGCCCCCUUUGUAAAUAAUCCAGUGCAGAAUUGCCAACAUUUGGAGGAGAGAAGGUUCUUCCCCAUCAAGGGCAACUACUGCAUGGGCAGCAUAGAAAGUCCAUACCCAUUUGGUGGCAACCAGAUGGAAGAUCUAAGCAGCUUCAUGAAAUUGUAUAAUAAUGGUAAUACUGAAGAUGACACUGAGAUGUCCGCAUGGUCAACACGAGGGGGUUAUCCCCAGAAGGAGGUUCUUAACAGUCACAUGAGCAACACUAAAGAGAGUCACAGCAGUUUAAUACGUAGUAGUGGGGAUGGAGACGCAACCCUUCAUAUGUGUAGUUCUCCUGGUGUGAAUAACAUGCCGCAGAGGAGCAUAAGUAGUUGUUCACGCCAGCUCAGUUUGUUAGAUUCGCCGAAUGGGGUGAAUAAUGAGCAGGAGGAAACUCUACAACGACAAAACAUGUACGACUUGUACGUGCAGUCCCUCUUGAAUGGGGUGAGUGGAGUAACGAACCCGAAUGGGCAACGGGGGGAAAGGAAUGACCAGUUAGUAUUAUUCAAUUUAAAAAACAUGCGUAGUAGAAUUACCGGGAAGACCCCCCAAAUGGCCAACAAUUAUUUGUCCUACUUAGACCAUUAUAUUGCCUCCCUACGUCUACUCUACAACAAACUACUCAGCAACAGAAAUUUGAUAUUCAUCCUGGCGAAGGAAGUAUUUGCACCAAAAAGAAAGAGGGAUAAAAAAAAAUACAGUGAUGAUAAGGCGCCCACAUUUGAUAGUAAGCAUUCCUAUGUACAAGAAUUGUUAGCAGCUCUUCUACCACAACCACCUGUCUUUCCGCCGUUCGAAAUUUGGAUCUACAUGGGAAAAAAAAAUGCCAGUCAAUUACACAAACUGCACCUAACAAUAUAUAUAAUUUAUCAGAAAAUUAUUUGCAACAUUUCUAACAUCCUUUUAAAAAUUAAUAACGACAUGGUGAGUUACGCAGGGAAGAAUAAAUUUAGCAAACGCAACGGGACGGACUCGCUUAAUGAUUAUGUGAAUGACAAUAAGGGGGAGGGGGUGAAGCGAAGUGAUUCCCCCUUUUUGAGUGCCACAAAGGGGGAAGAUCCGCUUGGGGGAUUCGACAGUAGAGAGUAUGUGGCGAAGAGGGAAGAAGGGACUUUCCACGUGGAGGAUGUGGACUAUCUGAUCGACAAAGCUGACGCGGUUGACUCGGUUAACUCGAUUGACGCGAUGUGCAUCCCCGUGGAGCCAGAGCGUGAGACGAUCUACAACAGGCGCCCUUCCCAAAUGAAGGAAAACGAGUCUAAUAUCCAUAAGGGAGACAUCCCCAGAAAAUGCCUCUUCCGAAUUGACCAGAAAUUAGACAUGAUGAUGGCCUCAAUUGAUAACAUAAGCAAAAUGAUGAAGUUGGCAACAAAGGGGGAUGGACGCAAUAGCAGUAAGGACCCCUCAGUAGACUCCCCCGAUGGGGAAAACAAACCGAUCGAUGUGGGGGAAGACGGGAAUAACAUCCAGCAGGAUGAAAAAAGUGGCCUUGAAAAAGAAGGUAAAAUGGUUAAACAUGCAGAACGUGUAAGUGAAGACAUCUCCCCAAGUGGGUGUCAAUCAGCGCACAUUAGCAUCAACCCAAAGGAUGGCCAAAUAGUCGCCUACGACGAGGUAAAAAGUACUGAUGGACCCCUCCUUGAAAAGGUGACCAAGUUAAAUUAUAGUAACUGUUUAGAAAAGGACAAUCCUGUAAAGUUACUGAACGAGCUAAAGUACGAACUUAGAAAUGUGUACAACGAAAUACGAUCUUUAAAGAGGCAUCACAGUUACUACCUGUCUAGUGGAAAUAACGGAGAGGAGGAAAGCUCCCUAGAAUUGGUUAACCCCAAUGAUGACAACGGGGACGAUUAUGGCAUUCCACGAGAUGGCAGUGCAGUGUCAAAUAUGAAGAUAAAAGAAGCAGAUGAAACAUGUCUCCUAAACGAUUUCUUAUACAGCCAAAGUGAACGUUCCAACCCGUUGGUAAAUGCACAAACAGGGGAUUACUACUCUUGUGGGAGCAAAAAAAAUGAAAAAAAGAUAAAGUUGAAGAAGCAAAAUGAACUACUUAAUAGCCUCAUAAAUAGCAGCAUUUGCUCCAACGAACAAAUUAAUAAGGAUAUCAUCUAUGACCUGAAGUACACAGAUGAUAUUUUCAAGAAGCUUUUAUUUUUAUGUAGAAAUUUUUACACAAAUUUAUCCGAAUAUAAGGACUAUGCUUUGGAGCCGUUUCAGGAAAAUGAAAUGGGCCUAACUAAUUUGGGUCAUGUCAACAGUUUUGGGUACAUGGACAAUCAGGCGUUCUUUCCCAUGAAGCCACUUCCCCCUAGUGGGGAAUUACCACCCAGAGUGGAUUUACCAGAGGGGAAGGAUCACCCCCCCAUGUGUAAGGAAAAUGGACACAUUGACCCGCACAGUAUUGAGCAAGUGAAUGGCCACCCCGUCAAAGCGGAAGAUGACACAUCAAAUGUAGCGCCAAUCAUAGGCAGCGGCGGUGGGGACGAGGAUGUUAACUCUGGCGAGGAAACUCUUCUGAGUGACGACCAGGUCGGAUCAACGAACUUGGCAAACUACGGCAGGUACACAAAUUUGGGAGGUGUCUGCAUGUAUGAUGCGUCGGAAUGUUCCACCACGAAAAGUCAGGACGACCUCCGUGGAAGGAACAACCCCCCCUGGGUGGAACUACCGAUGGAGAAGAAAGAAGAUAAAGAGGGUGCACAUGAAGUGGAUUCCUUUUUUGCCAAAUUGGAUAAUCAAGAAGAACUGAUGGAAGUUUGUGGAGAGACCCCCCAAAGGGUGAUUUUGCAGAUGGGCGAAAUGGACAACUACGCAGCUGCCUAUAACAGGGGUAGAAACGGAGACGUACUUUAUAGUCCUUUCUCAAAGGCCACUAAUGGGGAUUACGCACAAAUGGAAGUAGGCUUCAGUAGCAUCGCAGAUAAUGUAGAUGAUAGUGGUGCUGUGCAUGCCCCGGCAGGAACGCUGUUUAGUACCACACAAAAUGGAUUUAACUAUAGUUACCCUAAUGAGCAGCAUAGAGGCCAUGCCUACAGCGACAUAAGGAGUUCAUUCAUUAGGGAUACAUCCCAUGUCAAUUCGGAACACCCAUAUGUGCAGCGUGCAAUUGUCUCUGAAGGGAGUGUUGGUAGUGUUGGUGGCCCAUAUGUACUGGUGAAAGAUACGGAAGAGAUAACAAAGCAGGGAACAUAUAUGAACAAUUCGUACGUGCAAAACGAUUUAGGGACAGCUAAAAAUAGUAGUUACCUUUUAAGCAGUGCACAAAAUAUGUACUACCCAAAUGAGGAUAAUUUGCCAAUAGGCUUUGAAAACACGGAAGGGCAAGUCCGUAAUGAUUGUGCGAAGUAUGAACCGAGUGUUUCCAACGCAUAUGCUGUUAACACGAGUGGUAAUAUGAAAAUUGAUGAUUCCUCCCAAAGAUUCAGUACCCCAAUGACGAGGUGCUUAAAUGCUGAUGGGAGUUACGUUAGGGGGGAUGUAAUGGGGAAUUGCCUACAAGUGCCCCACUCCGUAUCCCACAAAAAUCAACAGUUCGGUAUGUUCAAUUGUGUUGCUGCGAAUCGUUUAGCGCCAACAGAUACAGAUUUAGCGAACCAUAACGGAAUAAACGGAAGCGUAGGUUACUACACGGAUGAAAGUGCACUACCAAGUAUGUUCACCUUCCAGGGGGUACAAAAUAGCUUUCAAAACGGCGCCGGUAAGAACGACAUAAGAAGUGACCAAUUUGCAACCAACGAAGCAACAAAUAAUUUCACCAAUUCCAGUGAUGCAGGGAUGAUUAACCAGUUUUCCCAUAAUGAUACACCAUCGAUGAACAUGCACCAUGUGGAUAAUGUGCUUCAUAGUAAACCCACCUACCGAACAACAGAGGAGGGAAAUACGUUUAAGGAUGCCCUAAACGAAGGGGAAAACUUCACAGAAAAAAUAUACAGCCAUAAUGGGAACUACUUUAAUAACGCCGAACUGAGAGACACUAUAGAAGAUGUAUCAGAUAAUGAAGUGAACAGUGGAGGGAAUCCAAACUUGGGAGAGGACGAAAAUACCUUCGAUGAGGGUUCUUCUUACUUUUUAAAAAAUGGCGUUAUCACGAGUGACCUGUCUGAUCAUUGGAAGGUCAGGUCAAACUUUGCAAAUAACUUAAACAGAGUAAAGAGCGAAUCUUGGAAUGGAGAAGACAUAAACGUAAGCAACUUAAAGGGAGAACACAUCAUGAGGAAUAAUAGCCCGCCAGAUGCUGAUAUAUCGGCCGUACGUCCAAGUGACAACCAAAGGAUGACAAAUGAGCGAGGAUAUAACAAUUUUACGAAUGAUGCCAAUAAAAGCAAGCUAAAAAAAAUGCUUGAAAUUACGGAUAAGCUAAUUGGGAAGAAGUACAGGGGGAUAUCUUACGACCCCACCAGAAAUGGAUGGUCCACCUUUGUAUAUAAAAACGGCGUCAGGAGGAAAAAGUUUUUUUCCUCUUAUAAAUACGGAAACCUAUUAGCUAAAAAGAAAUCCAUAGAAUGGAGACUAAAAAACUUAAGUCCAGAUUCACAUGCGUAUGUGUUUUCUCUAAAAGCGAAGGAAGAAUUUAAUGCCAUUUUGAAUGAUGGCUAUGCAGAUAUCAACAAUCUUAACUGUGACAGCAGAGAUGGGGAAAACAACGGCAAUAGCUCCAACAAUAGGGACAUACUCUAUGUGAAUGCUUUUAUCAACCUGUUUAAUAGCUCCUCAGGAGGGAAGAAAGGUGAGCCAGAUGUACCUGAUGAACCGUUGUGCCGAAUGGAUAAAUCGUCCUAUGAAGAAUGUGCAGAGGAGCUUACUCGAAAGGACGCACAAGAUGGAAAUGGACCAGGCAGUAGUGAGCAUGCAAAGUCACUCGGUCAUGCGAAUGACAAAGUUGGAGGAGACAUCGAUGAGAACACGGAUGGGGGGAAUAAAGGGUGGAAUGGUGGAUGCGGUGAUGCCCGCUUGAAUGGCUGCGAUGAGGCAGAUGGCUGCCUACCCCCGAAUGGAGAUUUAUUCGCUUAUGAGAAUUACUGUUCGAUACUACUAAAUGAGGAGGAAGCCUCGAGAAGUGAACCAAAUGGGAGGGAAGCAAAAAAUGACCCAACCUGCAAUAAUGUGCAAAAGGACAAAGUGGACAAUUUAAAUGGCGCUGCGGGAGGGGAGAUUCCAGAUCAGACAGCGCAUUUCCAAAUUGUAAAUGGACAAAACGAGGAACUGACAAAAUUUCCGCAUUCAAAUGAUGUGUCCGCUGAACAUUGUGCCGCACUUCCUAAGGAGGGAAUAGACCCACGCCUUCCCAUUGGAGAUAACUACGCAGUUGCGCGAUGUGGGAAUAGAAAAAAGAGAAAAAGGAAUAUCUUAAAAGGUGAAGGGAAGAACCCUAUAGGGGAAGGCGAACCAGACGUAACAGGAACGGGUGAAAACUUCAGAAGUACGUACGCCGGACGUGAUGCUUCAGCGGGUGGUUGCAGCGACAGCAGCUGCAGUGACCCGUACGGAAGUGACACCCGCAGUUGCGAUGACCAACUCGACGGCAACCGGAUCGACGAGAAUUUCAAAAGGUCGAUGGACAGUAGCCUAACCCAUACGAUGGAGGGAAUUCAUUCCCCCUUUGAGGAAGAAGGGAAUAUCUGCAAAAAUGGCAAAAUCAGGUACAACAAUUCGGAAGAGUCCCUUCAGUAUGUAAAGGAGUGCAUAUCAAAAAAUAUACAUUUGAAAGGUUUUAGUUGUGGCAGUGGAGGAAAGGACAACAACAAGGUCGAUACGCUUUAUAAUAACGUAGGGUGCUACCCAGAUGGGAAUAGAUUAUCGAGUGGGCAGCCCCUUCUAAACGGUGUAUUUCCCACUAGUGAUGGUAGCGUUAUGAAGACAUUCUAUCCCGUGGAAUGUAAGAGCAUUCCCCAGGAGCAGCUGAUCGGUCAGAUUGUUAAUCCAGAAGAACGACAACACAUGGAUGGAAAGGAAAAGAAUAAUUUGUUCUCUGGGGAGAUAACCCCUUUGGUUGAAGGUAACAGCGAAAUGGAGAAGCAGGUUGUAUUCCCCAGUGAGGAAACUGAGGGGAGAUCCCCGAACGUGCUGGAUUGUAGCAUGAGAGGUGACUCCUUCAGGGGCACGCAUGAAAAUGGAUCCCCAAAUGGUACUACUGAAGUAGGCGCAUCCCACCAUGAGGGAGACCUUUUCGUAAAGAAUAAACAGGCAAGUGAUAAAAAUUGUUUCCUCUACAAAGACACCCUCCUGAGGUACAUGAACGAGUGUACCUGCACGGGGGAAGAAGAAAAAAAUGUUUUCCUCCACUUUCUGAGGUUAACCCCUGAGUGGGUUCUCCUAGAACUAGACCAAUUGGAAGAAAAGUACCAUGCCUAUUUCAGGAAAAAAAUUGAAUCAUUUUAUAAAGCCUACUUGGUUAAAAUAAGCAAUCAAAAUGGUAAUGACCUUAGGGAGGUACCAGAGGAAGGAUCCUGUCGCUCAGCCAGUGGCAUCCCCCCCAGACGUAAUGAGUACCUUAGAGAACUUCAACUCAUUUUUGAUAAGAAAUUGAAUACCCUCUGGACAUGCAUGAUUUUCCCUAUAGAUUUCCUCUACAUAUUAAACUAUAAAAUACUUAGAAUUUUAAAAACCUUGAAUAAAAAAAAGGUGCAAAGUGCUAAGCAAGAGAAAGACAAACAGUUGCAGUGUUCGUUGAAAGGGGUUAGCUUCAUCAAGUAUAAAAGCGCAUGGUGUUUUACCUAUCUCGAUUUGGAUGAUAAAAAAAAAGAAAAAAUAUUUCCUAUUAAUCAUUAUGGCUUUAUGGAAGCAAAAACGCUAUCCAUUCUGUACAGAAAAAGCUUUGUCCUACAUCUAAGCAAAAUGUAUACCUUUUUGAGAAAUAUUUUGUCAAGGCAUAAAUUAGAAUCGACCAGAAGCAUAAACAUAAGUAAACUGAUCAAUCCCAAGUCAAUAAAUCAGUUCAUCGACUAUUAUAAAAAGUAUGAGGAGUUCCUCCUUUGCUAUGGCAAAAUUUUAUACUUCAAUGAAAGCAAAAAUAUAUUCCUAUCGAUGAAGGAGACGACGAAGAAGAGGGAUGCUUUAAACUAUGUGCCCCCCGAAAUGAGACAUAAAAUGUCCGGAGAAAUAGAACCCUUAAAUCUAAUAACCGUAACGAGAAAUUAUUUUUCCAAAAAAUCACAAAUGAUCAAGUUCCCCAAGGGGGUAGUCUAUCUGUCGGGCUACUUCCUAUGGGUUCUACUAUUCCUGAACCAUAAUAAUAAAGAAGUAGUUAUUUCCUUUUCGGCUAGGAAGUACUCUUUCGAAACAGCCAAAAGUAGAUGCUUCGAGUGCUACUACUUUCUGCUUUAUAAGUACAAGUUCCGACCCAUUAACAUAUCAGGCGUUAUAGACCUUAUCCUGGAAACCGAUUUAGAGUGUAAAAAUUACAACCUGCUGGAUUACGAAGCGGAAAAAAUAAUGCCGCUAGAUUGUUUGUUCUAUUUUUUUGCCCCUUCAAAUUAUGUGCUUCAAAAUGGGGUUAUUUAUAAAAGGCUUCUUCUUGAUCAGCACAACCGGGAGGGGUACCUCUGGAGGGAGGAAUACAACUCCCUUUUCCCCAGUGAGUAUGUCUCCUUGGACACCUUUCAGAGGUACGAGAUUGAAGACGACUAUUUCGUGGCAACGAAUGAGGUGGAUGUUCCACUGAACGGGUGUAUGGAAAGCGGUGCUGAAGUGGUUACACAGGAUAACCUACUUAACGAUGCAGAAGCAGGAGCGCAGAGGAAGUACUCCCCCUUUGAGUUCCCAUCCCUACCACAACACCAAGCGGCCUGCUACACAUACCAUCCAAUAGAACAUAACGAAGGUAAUGAAUACCCAGCGAAAAAGCAUCACCCCUCAGUGGACGACUUGCUGCUUUGUGACCACAUGGAACAGGAGAAGAAGGACAUCCCCCUUUACUUUACGGACGACGAAAAUGGAAAAAUGAUACGUCUGAAAAGGGGGGAUAGGUACCUGGGGAGAAGUUUCAAACGGGGGAAUUACACAAAUUGGGGGGACUCACCGGAGGAGUACCACCUUGGCAGUGACAGCGGUGGCGAUGAAGAAGCUGCUCCAGAACAAGCGAUAAAGGAGGAGGAGAAGAAAACCCAUGGGGCAUAUGACCCAAGUGGUCCAAAUAAUGAAGACAUCACAAUGUGUCGAAGGGAAGGAGAAGGAAUGACCAGCUGGGGGAUGCACCUCACGUGUGGAAAUUCAAACGUGGGGAGUCUCCAUGGAGGGCACAACAUAGAAGAGGAACACCAAAGGGGGGGAAAUUACCCCACAGUGAAUGGUGCAAAUCGAAGGGGACAAAACGGACAAGUCAGUUCAGACACCAUCGGCAGCUGUCACCACGAGGAAGGUGAUUACCAUUUGGGAAAAAAGGAAGAAAGAAAUGGAGACGUGAUUGAGCAAAAUUUACACACAAAGGAGUAUAUAAACCAUGAGCAAACUACACAAACAAAUUUUAUAAACAACGCAGAGUACUACAGAAACAUUUUGAGUAAAAGCAUUUUCCACUUCUUCGAUAACAACAUACAGGACGAAUAUUUAAAAAGGAAUUAUGACUCCCUGUUUAAUAGUGAAGAGGAGAAAAAUGUGGUGUUUAAAAAAAUCAGCGAAAAGGAAGAACAGGUAGGAGUUUUCCUAAUGCUUAAUUGCCAGUGGCUUUCAGACUCCUUUGUUCAUAACAUACACCAGAUCGAAACGAAGUACGCCGAUAUUUAUUCUUUUGAAAAUUAUCUCAAUACACGUGAAGAGGUCUUAAAUUGGAAAUGCGAAAAAAAUUUUAUUAGGGACUGUGGGGAUAUUGCUAAGAAAUGUCCUCGAGUUAUUGGUGUUUAUUAUGAUACACAUACCCAUGCCUGGGUCGUCAGUAGUACCUUUAAUGGAAAGAGACGGGAUAAAAAAUUUCUGGUAAAAACGUUUGGCUUUUUGCAAGCAAGGAAGAUGGCCAUCGAGUACAGGGAGAAGUGCCAGCAGCAGCGGGCCCUCUACCGGGCGAAGAACGUCCAUGGGAAGAGAGUGUCUUACGUGGAGACGGAUCAAAUGGAAACAAAUGAACAGUAA